GCUUUCAGUAUCCUGCCACUGCCAGGUGUGCUGCAGCCAGGACAGAGCCAGCAGGUCUCCUCCACCCUCUCUGGCCACCUCAACACCACCUGCAAUGUCCCGGAGCUGUGCCACAUGGAGGGAGGCUCCACCUCCGAGGUGCUGGUGCCCAGGGCAGCCUCACGUGUCAGCUCCUCCCUGAGCCCCCAGGAGAUCAACUGUGGCUCACAGGCCCCUCUCAGGGACAGAAGGGAGCUGAAGGAGCCAACUCAAAAGGUCGAGGAGGAGGCAAAAGCCCUAGAGGAGGAAGAGAGGCAGAAGAAGGAAAAGAAGAGUGUCUCUGCAGGGAAGCAACCUCCAAAACCAGCGAAUGGGAAAACCAAGACCCAAGAGAAGAAGGAAACCAAACUCCCAGAGAAGAAGAAAACCAAAAUCCCAGAGAAGAAGGAAACCAAACUCCCAGAGAAGAAGAAAACCAAAAUCCCAGAGAAGAAGGAAACCAAAAUCCCAGAGAAGAAAGAAAUCAAGGCUCCAGAGAAGAAGGAAACCAAAACACCAGAGAGGAAGGAAACCAAAGCCCCAAAGAAGUGUGAACCCAAAAUCCCAGAGAAGAAGGAACCCAAAGCCCCAAAGAAGAGGGAACUCAAAGCCUCAAAGAAGGGGGGAACUGAAAUCCCAGAAGACCCAGAUGAGAUGGAGAACUCUUCAUUUUUUAUUCACACAACUAAUUUUACACAGUUUGACAGACCUUGUAUGCAACUUUAG